CCUGUAAUUACUGACUUGCUACUAGUUGCGUGCGCAAAGGCCAAACGAAAAGUAGAUCGUUUGGAAAAGUAUUUCUGAUGAUUCCUUGUGUUUAUGGAGAAAAAUAGACCAGACUGACUAGUCAACAGUUCCACCAACAAUUCAAUUCAUGGAAAAACCUUGUGUUGAUCCUUGGUUCCACGUUGUCAAUUCCUUCAACUGUUCAAAACGAAGAAACCAUAAAAGGCUGGUGAUGGGUUUGCAUUGCAUGCACUCCAAAUGUUCGAUAAUUUGCUUCUGUAAAAAAAUCUUUGCACCCAGACGAAAACCCAGCAUUUAUUCUGUCCCAUUUCCAACUUUUGUUUCUCUAAUCUGUGUUUAUGUUUGAAAAAUGAAUACCUAUUUCUUCCCAAGCUCUUGUGCUUUCCUCAUGAUCGUAAUUUUAAGCCAAAUCCCAACAUUUUUAUGCACCGAUAACAAUGAAUACACAAACUGCACUCAGGAGUUUCAAUGUGCAAACUUUCCUAACAUCAGUUAUCCUUUCUGGGGAGGGAACAGGCCAGACUACUGUGGCCACCCGAAUUUCGGGCUAGAUUGUCAAGGUGAUGCCCUGCGGAUCACAAUCCAGAGUGCAUACCGAGUCCUUGCAAUUGAUACCACAACAAGGACUCUGACAGUUGUUAGAGAGGAAUUCUGGAACAAUACUUGCCCGACGCAGUUCCAAAACACCACCUUGGAUACCGCCCAUUUCACCUAUUUAUCUGAUUCCAGAAUUUUGGCUAGUCAAACAGCUAUUCCUGGUCAGCUCAAUUGCAGCGCAGAUGGCAUGAACAACACAAUAAGUUUUGCGACAACCAGUGUCACAUCUUCCACGAACAUCAACAUUUCAACAUGCCAGACUAAUGUCAUUGUUCCAGUCAAUCAAAUAGAAGCUGUGGCUUUUGCAAUCAAUUCAAUAAAUGUAAGACAAGUUAUUGGCAGUGGUGUUGGGUUGAAGUGGGAUGCAAAUAAUACUCUGUGUGACCAAUGUGUUCAAUCGAAUGGAACAUGUGGGUCCAACUCGAGUAGUUCUGGUUCAUUUCUUUGCUAUUGCCCAGAUCAUCGAUCUCAUAAAAUUUCCUGCAACACGAGUCAAAGCCAAACCGAAUCAACCUCUCGUUUUCAUUUGGGAAGCAAAUUAAGAUUAAGAUUAACCAUAGCAUUCACAAUAACAUGCUUAAUCACAAUAAUCUUCUGCCUUAAAAGACGGUUUGCAUCAUCGGCUAAUGUGGUGGCAUUCUGGAAGAAGGAAAGUGCAGAUGAUCAAAAUGUUGAAGCAUUUAUAAGGAAUCACAGAUCUCUUGCUCCGAAGCGAUACAGGUAUUCAGAUAUUAAUAAAAUAACCAACUCAUUCAAAGAUAAACUAGGUCAGGGAGGGUAUGGUUCUGUAUACAAAGGAAAGCUAUCUGAUGGCCGUCUUGUGGCAGUCAAGGUCCUCAGCCAGACUGAGGGAAAUGGACAAGAAUUUAUUAAUGAAGUUGCUAGCAUCAGUAGAACUUCUCAUGUCAAUAUAGUCAAUCUUUUGGGUUUUUGUUUUGAAGCAAAAAGAAGAGCUCUAAUUUAUGAAUUUAUGGCCAAAGGAUCGUUGGACAAGUUCAUUUGCAACGAUGAAUCUGCGAGUACAAACUGUCCCCUGGAAUGGAGUAUAUUGUACCAAAUUGCAUUAGGCAUUGCACGAGGGUUAGAGUACUUGCAUCGAGGUUGUAGCACGAGGAUUGUACAUUUCGAUAUAAAGCCUCACAAUAUUCUCCUUGAUGAAGACCUCCGGCCUAAAAUAUCAGAUUUUGGUCUUGCUAAACUAUGCCAAACAAAACAGAGUGUGAUAUCAAUGUUGGGUGCAAGAGGGACUGCUGGAUAUAUUGCUCCAGAAGUGUUUUCUAGAACCUUUGGCCAAGCCUCUCAUAAAUCCGAUGUCUAUAGCUAUGGAAUGAUGGUUCUUGAAAUGACUGGAGCAAGAGAUCAGAAAGUUGGAGUAGUCCAGACAAGUGAAAAAUACUUUCCACACUGGAUUUAUGAGCAUCUGGAACAUAAUAAGGAUCUGAGACUGCAUGACAUUGUCACUACCAAAGAGGAAGAAGAAACAGUGAGGAAGAUGAUCUUAGUGGGGUUGUGGUGCAUUCAGACCAGUCCAUCAGACCGCCCACCAAUGAGUAAGGUGGUAGAGAUGUUGGAAGGAAGCCUUCAAUCCUUGCAAAUUCCUCCAAAGCCUUACCUGUUUGCUCCUACAAGGGCUGACCCAUCAGCCCAAGACACUUCCCACUCAUUAGGGACAACAACUAUGGUGGAGGAAAUGUCAGAAGGAAGACUUCAAUCUAUGCAAAUUUCACCCCUCUCAUCUUUUCUACUGUGAGGUCUGGCUAGUUCGCUUGAGACUCUUCCAAGUCAUAGUCGUUACAGGCGACAACCGGGCUCCUUGGGCAACUGCUUGAGCACUUUCAGCUGCCAAAAUUGCCUAGGUGAUGCUCUCUUGAGGAAAACAAUCCAUCAGAUUGGCCAUCAACUAUUAAGGCGGUGGAUAUGUUGUCAAGAAGCCUCCAAACUUGGCAAAUUCCACCUAAGUGUUUCUUGUUUUCAUAUGCAAGGUCAGCGAAAGAUUCCUCCUAAUUAUUGUCAAUAACAAUGGAGGACAAAGAAGGGGAAG